AUGAGGGCCAAAGUUCCUAGGAACUUUAAAAUACCCGACAUAGAUCUCUACGAUGGAACAACCGACCCAAGGCAUCAACUCAGUAAUUUCAAAAGCAGAAUGUACCUAGCCGAUGCUUCUGACACCACUCGAUGUAAAGCCUUUCCAACCACCUUGACCAAGGCUGCAAUGAAGUGGUUUGAUAACUUGCCCCCUAAGUCGCUCACUAGCUUUGACGACAUGGCAAGGAAAUUCAUGACACAAUUUUCCAACCGAAAGGACAAAACGAAGCACGCCCCAAGCUUGCUAGGAGUAAAGCAAGAGGUCGAAAAAAUCCUUCGUGACUACAUAGAAAGGUUCAAUAAAGCUUGCUUGGAGAUUCAGAGUCUACCAACUGAAGCCAUAAUUAUAGGUUUGGUCAACGGCCUCAGAGAAGGACCUUUCUCUCAAUCAAUAUCCAAAAGAUACCCGACUUCCUUAAACGAAGUAGAGAAAAGAGCAGAGAAAUACAUCAACAUGGAGAAAAAUUUCCGACUCAGAGUACCUCCUUCACGACCUAACCUGCCCUAUCAACCUCGGGAUAAAGAAAGGGAACCUAGGAAAAAGGAGGAGCAAAGUAUAGAGAAACCUCGAAAAUAUCACAACUAUACUCCCCUUAGGGUUUCCUUAGUGGAUGUGUACAGAGGGAUAUGCCAUACAAAGAAACUUCCACCCCCCGUCCGAUUAAGCAUAAGAAAGCAGAAAGUCGGACAGAAUACUAUGAGUAUCAUAAACUCUAUGGUCACUCCACCAACGAAUGCUACGAUUUAA